AUGCAUGCUUCACUUGCUUCUUCUCCUUCCGGACACGGCCCGAACACGGCCAAACUGGAGCGAGAGAUCAGUCAGGCGAGGCAGACUAUCGCAUUUAGGCGGCCCUUUCUGCAGGGAUUCCGUCUCUCACGACAACGGCGAGAGCCAAGAGAUCGCAUCGGACCCGUCGCAGCAACACUUCCGGGUGAUGCUGAGCUCCCGGUCCCGAUGAGGCCUGCGGCAGAGCCGGUGAGAUUCUACGAGAUAGCCAGCCGGAAGAGCCCACAAUUCUAG